CGUGCUGUACCUCAGUGUAUGUGUUUGAAUACCACACAGGAAUAUACUUCACAAGUUUGUUCCCAUUGACGAUUCCCUGAGACGCCAUGGCUGCAGAGCGGGGGAAGAUGCUUGCUGAAGAUGAGAAGUGCAUCCAGACACACAUAAUGGACAUAGAGGUGGAGCUGGACGCCAAGGACAUCACUGGGACUCUCUACUCCAAGAAUGUCAUAGACCUGGACGACAUGAAACAUAUUGACGCUGGCACGACCAGAGUUGAGAGAACUAACCGGUUUCUGGAUAUCCUUAUGGCGAGAGGUACAGAGGCAUUCCCUGCCUUCUUGCAUGGCCUUGAAGUGAUGGGCUACAAGGCCCUUCACAAGAAACUCACCUCUACGAAGGAUUCCAUGACUCUGUCCCCACCUACAGAAGCACAGUUUAGAAGCCAGUUCAAGGCCCUGCGUCAGCAGAUUGACCGGGUUUUGGCAGAAGUGGACACACAGGCUGCCAAGAUGGAUCUGAUAUUUGAAUCAAAAGGAAAAUCUGCUUCGAAAGAAGAACUGAAAGUUUUGAGAAAGGAUUUAGCGACCAAGGAGGAACUGAUAGUAUUUCGGGAUGAAGUAGCCGCGUCAGCUGCCAAUGUAACAGACAAUUUUAACAACAUGUAUAAAACGUUUGACGAAAAUGUAGAUCAACCGGUCAUCUUGAAGGGUCAGACUGCAGGACGGGAUGACCCCCAGGGCAAUGCUCAGAUACUCAUUGAUGAGUUGAAGGAACAAGUUUCCUGUUUGGUGGAGGCAAGUAGAAACCUGCAGAAGAUCAUCAGCCGCUACAACAUCGUUAAUCGUGAAUGAACCACGUUGUGAAACAAACAUAUACCAUGGAGGGUUCAAAUGACGAAUUGUAAACAUUGAAAUGAAAUAAAAAGAAGAGUUUGAAAAACUCGACAAAUUAUUGUCGAAGAGAUAUCUUGACCACGACCAGGUCCCGAAGUAAAUGCAUUACUUAUGUACCGAAAGAGUUGAUUAAGUCUAUAGUAUCUCGCCAGGAGGUGAAACACUGGAACUCCUCCACGGGAGCAACCCUUUGGGUCUUCCUUUGUUUCUGUCUCACGUACAGAUAACAGUUACAUAUGUCCUCUACAGAGGUAAUACCAUGUUCAUUGAAGUAGGCCCCAUACAUGAUUGAUAUAUGAUCCACAUUUCCAUAUACUUACAUAUACAUUAUACAUGUUUAUAGCUGUGAAUGUUUGCCUCCAAUCUCAGUAAGAACCCAUACAUAAACCAUGUGUGUCUUCCACUGGUAUAAUCUUCAACUUGACAUGGAGCAAUCGUCGCCCCACACCAGGUCCAGUCAGACCCCUGUGAAGGGUGGUGUAACUUCAUUGUGUACCGGGAUUAAAGUGAUAAAGACUGCAUAGUGUAGAUUGAAUAGUGUUGUAACACAAGCUGCCACCGUUGUUAGGCAGGGUUACUUUAUAGGGCAACACGGAACUGGUACAGCCGUGAAGAUUUCCUCCUGGACAUGGAUCUGGCCUGCACUGUGUUUGGGGGUCUCUGUUGUGUGAUAUAUGUGUUUCUGCAUGUUUAAUGACUGUUGAAGAUGGGAUGAGGGUAUUGAUCACAAAUACAAUUGACUAUAUACAGUGUUUAUGAAAGAUAUAAGCUUAUGUAAGUAUAGCGGCCAUAAAAUUUCCGAGUCCCGUGCUAGGAUUCGAACCACGGUCCUUCUAAUCCGAAGUCGGAUGCCACGUGUACACGACAGGAACUCCAGGAAUAACUAAACGUUAGAAGUUC